UUUAACUGUUAGCUAUUCUUCCACGUGAAUCACAUACCUUACCAACAUCUCAGUCUUGGCCUUUUAUUUCCUAAGAACUUUCCACCUGUUUUCUUCUCCUUCAUGACAACAUACCCAUUAAAUCUCCUGAACUCUAAUGUCUCGCACACUACACUUUCUGAAACAUCAUAAACACACCCAGACAUUGUUUGAUUUGGUUGCCAGCUUACAUGCAUGUCCUUGUUUUCCGUUCUGUUCCUUCGGGGGGGAUCUGUUUCCCCAUUAUCUUCAGAGAAAGCUUUCAUCUUUUUUUUCUGGAGACUCGUUGGUAUUUGGACUUUAUUUGUGAAAUUGCUUUCUUUCCCUCAUUGCCUGUACUGUUUGUUUUCUUCUUUUUUUCAACUGAAAAAAAUGGUUUUUGUUCAUAUCCUCAUAUGCAAAUAAACUGCUAUUUUGGGAAAUGCAUUCCUGACUUUGCUGCUGACAGAAGAUGGGAUGGAGGGAAUAGAAAGAAAUAGAAGAUGACCAUCUGGUUUGUGUAUAUUACGAUGUUAGCUAAGUGUUUAUACUGGAAAAAAAUAGGGAAAGACUACUCUGACUUUUACCACAGGUGGCUUUUUGAGACCCGUCUAUCAUCUGUGCCAGCGGAUGCCUUUGCCAGCGUGGUCAACAUCUCAAGAAUAUAUAUAUCUGUGGACACGACGCUGCAGAGGCUGGAGAAGCACUCGUUUUACAGCCUGAGGAAAAUUACCCACAUUGAGAUUCGGAACGCAAAAAGUCUGACCUACAUUGACCCAGAAGCCUUUAAACAUCUCCCAGAGCUCAAGUACCUGGGGAUUUUCAAUACUGGCCUCACUUUCUUCCCUGAUUUGAGCAACAUCCACUCUAACGACAUGAACUUCAUCCUGGAAAUUGUUGAUCACCCCUACAUCACCGAGAUCCCAGCCAACUCGUUCCGUGGCAUCACCAGCGAAGCGCUGACAGUCAUGCUGUAUGGAAACGGCUUCAGAUCCGUACGACAUCAUGCCUUCAACGGGACAAAGUUAGAUCAAGUCGACCUUCACAGGAAUAAGUAUUUAACCGAGAUGGAUGACGGAUGUUUUGUGGGAACCAUCAGCGGCCCCAUUCUUCUAGACGUGUCCCAAACAGGGAUCACCUCCCUGCCAAGCACAGGGAUGGACUCUGUCCGGGAGCUGAAGGCACGUGAUGCCUGGGCCCUCAAGAAACUGCCGCCCAUCAAGACCUUUAAGCACCUCACCGUCGCCAACCUGACGUACCCGAGCCACUGCUGCGGCUUCAAAAACCUUAAAAAGAAGCGAGGCUUUUUGGAGUACAUCAUCUGCAACCUUACUGCUUUGUACGACCAGCAUCAAAAGCGCUCCGUGGGGCCCCUGCGCAUGCCUUCCCUCCAGGGGGACGGUGUUGUGGAAACACUCCCGGACCGGGAGCUAAAAGACGGGGGUCACAGAGAGUCCCAGCAAGAUUGGAAGAGCGGUGACUUCCACGGCAGCCUGCACUACCACGCCUACUUUGGAGGCCACCCAGAUGAGGAUGUGGGUUUCGGAGAGACCCUAAAGAACCCCCAGGAGGACAACAGUCAGGAGUUUGACAGUCGUUAUGACUAUGUGGUGUGCGAGGAGGGAGAGGAGGUGGCGUGCGCACCAGCGCCCGAUGAGUUCAAUCCUUGUGAGGACAUAAUGGGUUUUGGCUUCCUGCGGGUGUCUGUGUGGUUUGUGAGCUUGCUGGCUGUUCUGGGAAACGUGGUGGUGCUCCUGGUGCUCCUCACCAGCCACUACAAGCUCUCAGUCUCCCGGUUCCUCAUGUGCCACCUGGCCUUUGCAGAUCUGUGCAUGGGGAUUUACCUGCUGCUCAUCGCCUCUGUAGACCUCCAUACGCGAGCCGAAUACUUCAACCACGCCAUAGACUGGCAGACGGGCCCCGGCUGUGGACUUGCUGGGUUUUUCACAGUCUUCGCCAGCGAGCUGUCUGUCUACACCUUGACGGCGAUCACUCUGGAGAGGUGGUACGCCAUCACCUUUGCCAUGCGGCUGGAUCGCAAGCUGCACCUGCAUCACGCAGCGGCUGUCAUGUUAGGCGGCUGGGUCUUCUGCAUCCUCCUGGCCUUGCUCCCACUGGUCGGUGUGAGCAGUUACCAGAAGGUCAGCAUCUGCCUCCCCAUGGACACCGAGUCCACAGCGGCUCAGAUCUACAUCAUGUCGGUGCUCGUCCUCAACAUCUUAGCAUUUUUCAUCAUCUGUGCUUGCUACUUCAAGAUCUACUGCACGGUGCAUAACCCUCACUACCACUCUGGAUCCAAGGAUACCAACAUUGCCAAGCGCAUGGCUGUCCUCAUCUUCACUGACUUCUUGUGCAUGGCGCCAAUUUCCUUCUACGCCAUAUCAGCCGUGCUGGACCGGCCGCUCAUCACCGUGUCCAACUCCAAGAUUUUAUUGGUGCUCUUCUACCCGCUCAAUUCCUGUGCCAACCCGUUCCUCUAUGCCAUCUUCACUAAAGCCUUCAGGGGAGACAUAUUCAUCCUUCUCAGUAAGGUGGGUCUGUGUCAGCAGCGAGCACAGCUGUUCAGAGGCCAGACAGUCUCGUCAAAGGGCAGCAGCGGGACAUCUCAGAUAAGGAGAGACAAGGAUAAAAGUCGCAAAGGAGGGAGCAUAGGCCAGGAAGAAGUGCCUAUCCACCUGAAAAGGUCUGCAGGACAUACCUACCACCCAGCAAUCGGCCAACAGAAGAAUCCCGAAGAGAGCCAGAGGUUGGACACAUGAGGCCGGCUCAAGGCAGUAACAUAAGACAGGCUCAGGUGAGAGAGGAGAGACCUUGAAGUGUUGGGAUAUUUAACAGACAGCUCCAGUAUCCUGUAUCUGCUUCAGCUUUCAGACUGAGUUCAGCUGUUUUCACAAUUUCGCCUGUGAUGAUUUUAUGGUUCCAGUUGUUGGAGAAUAUCAAGUGUCACUGAAAUAUGAGCCUGACUUCAUCUCACUUAUAGUCCUUUGCAGAAUAGAGAUCAUUUUAAGGGGAAAAAAACGGCAGGAGUAACACUCACUUAUAUGUUUUCAGUAUCUUAAUUAUACUUGGUAUACUGAGGCUGAUACCAAAUGUGUGGCACAGUCCAGCACUGAGAAACAGGGAAAUAUUACACAUUAUCUGACGUACUUCAGCUUCCAGUGACACGAAGCUCUUUCUGAGGAACUCUGUUUAUAUGUGAAUAUCGUGUUCAAGGACAGCCUGCUGGCUCAGUGCCGUUCAACAGUGGAAACUAAACCCAGUUUGUAAAAAGAACGAUUUUUUAAAUCCAUUUUAUUAAUACCUCUGUAUGUACUAUAAAUAUAUGAGGGCAUUUAGAACAGAACACAUACCCUAUUGCUAUUCUUUUGCAUUUCUCGUCUAACUACAUUUGGUGAUUACAGUAAUUUACUCUGAUGUUGGAAAGUGUUUUUACCUUGGAAACAAAAAGUGCAUUUAUUUGCAUAUACGACCAACAAAUUGAUGUAUCACUUAAUUAGAUUCAUAAAAUAUCUGUUUACUUUUGCUCCAUGCGUGAGUCACUUUACCAAAUGUUUCGGUCGCUAACUCAAUCAGAAACCCCCUUCAAAGAACUAACAUCUCACGUCUUGGAACCAUGUGAUCCAAAAACAAGACCUAUUUGGAUUUUUGGCAGUUUCUCCAAAUCACACACUGGUAUGUUAAUCACUAAUGCAUACUGUUAAAGCUGUGUGUCUCCUUUGGAAUGUCGUGGUUGUUUUUCCAGCGUUAUCGUGGUAUUUUUCCAUCCCUGUGUGGAAACCAGUGACUUCUACAAUCAGUGGAGAGCUUAAAGCUAGCAUACCUGAGACGCAUGUGAACUUCUGCGAUGCUGAGCUGUUAGACAUUAAAGGAAACCUUCUGCUAACAGUGGCUAAACAUCAGGUUAGCAUUUCACCUUCUGGGUGACUUUAGAGAUGAACAGGGCGAGUGGGGAUUAGUUCAAAUCUUUUUCUUUUUAAAAAAAUACAUUUGCAUCCAUAUUUGUCUUGAAGAUAUUCGAUCAGAUUGCUGCAAUUUGUGUCCGCAUGGAAAAUAGUGCAACAUUCCCAACUCUG